GAAAUUAAGCAGAAUCAAAAUUCACUAGAAAUAAAUUGGUCUUCGGAUAAUAAAGCAAUAUCAAAUUUUAACUAUAUUUGGUUACGAGAUAAUUGUCAAUGUUCACAAUGUAUACAUCCUGAUAAUCGACAAAAACUCUUUUUAAGUUCUCAAGUCGCAUUAGAUAUUAAACCUAUUACAAUUCGUAUUUCUGAAGAACUGGAAGAACUUGAAAUUACUUGGCCUUCUUCAACUUCGGAAGUGAAAUCAUCUGAUUCUUCUGAUAACUCAGUUCAUAAAGGUAGAUACCCGUUCACAUUUUUAAGAUCUUAUACUUCCAAAAAUUCUGCAAGCCAACUUCGAUUUUCGGAUCAAAAACAUAUAACAUGGGAUCGUGAUUCAAUAAAGUCAUCAAAAAAUCUUUGGGUAUCAUAUGAAGAAUAUAUGAAUCUUGAUGAAAGAAUUUUUGAUUCAUUGGAGCAAUUAUGGAAUUAUGGAUUGAUAUUUUUGAACAAUGUUCCGAUUGAGAAAGAUAAAAUAACAAAGGUUGACCCAAUUAGAAAAGUUGUGGAAAGAAUUGGAACGCUGAAAGCUACUUUUUAUGGUGAACUUUUUGAUGUAAAAUCUGUUCCGGGUGCUAAAAACAUUGCAUAUACUAGCUUGGACUUGGGAUUACAUAUGGAUCUACUGCAAAAUUCUGUAAAAGGUGGUUGUAGCAUAUUUGCAGACUCCUUUACAGCUGUACAAAGGUUCAAAUCUGCGUAUCCAGCUGAUUUUUUGCUUCUAACUCAGACUCCAAUAACAUUUCACUAUAUAAAUGAUGGUCAUCAUAUGCACUAUAAUCGUCCCAUAAUAGCUAUGGAUCAAUUUAAUGAAGAAUUUUGUGUAAAUUAUGCACCACCAUUCCAGGGACCUAUCGAAUCACUCUUACCUGAACAUCCGUUGUUUUAUAACGAAGAAAAUGAUAAUAAAAUCUUUCAAUUUUAUCAAGCAUAUAUAAGAUUUUGUUCGUUUAUCGAAGACGACGAUUUAAAAUUUAAACUAACACUAAAACCAGGCGAGUUAGUGAUAUUUGUAAAUAGGAGAGUAUUACAUGGAAGAGCUUCAUUUGAUCAACAAAGUGGUGAACGACAUUUGAAAGGAGCAUAUUUAGACUUUUGUGAUUUUAAAGAUAAAUUUAGAGUUUUAAAAGCAAAACAACAAAAACAAGGGAGAUGA